AUGUCCAGUUCACCUGGCCAUGAUGAGAUCCCCGGCGCGUUGGACGAUGUAUCCAACGCGCCCGACGCCCCUCAGUCCCCGGCCGGGGCAACUGAGGAGAUUCCUCAGGCACCGCAGGCACCGAAGCCGACGCCGGCUCAACGUGCUGCUAUGGCCCGCGAGCGCGGUUGGGCUGAACCGACUCCUCUGGAGUACGCCCGAUACGCCGACACCAAAGGAAAUGAUUACGAAUGGGCCGGCUCCGCGACUCGCUACGAAUGGAAGGAGGAGUAUGGAGAUAUCGGUCCUCGCAAUGAGGAGCUGGAAAACAUGUUGUUCCACCACGAUCUGAUCCCUCGCGCCGGUAACCGCUUCAGCGACUAUCAAAACCUUCACGUUGUUUGCGAGAGCGAAAACCGGUUCGAGCCCAUCACGCGAUGGAAAGAUGCGGGCCUGCACCCCAUCAUGCUUCAGAACAUUGAUCUUUGCCUUUAUGCACACCCCACCCCGAUUCAGUGCUAUGUCCUUCCGGCCAUGACUUUCAACAGGGACAUCAUCGGCAUCGCUGCCACUGGUUCCGGCAAGACUGGGGCGUUUUUGAUUCCCAUUAUCUCUCAGCUUAUGGGAAAGGCCAAGAGAUUGGCCGCCGCCCGGCCUGAUUCUUCACAACCGGGCUUCAAUCCUGAAACGGAUGGUGUUCGUGCGGAGCCCCUUGUGCUGAUUGUUUGCCCUACCCGCGAGCUUGCUACGCAGAUCUUCGACGAGGCCCGUCGUCUCUGUUAUCGCUCCAUGCUUCGUCCUUGUGUUGUGUACGGUGGUGCUCCCGCCAGAUAUCAACGCGCGGAGCUCAAGAAGGGUUGCGACAUUCUGGUCGGUACUACUGGACGCCUGAUAGACUUCAUGAACCAGCCACAUGUUCUGUCACUCCGCCGUGUUCGAUACACUGUGAUCGAUGAGGCCGAUGAGAUGCUCGACCCUGGCUGGGAGGACGACUUUCAAAAGAUCAUGUCCGGUGGUGAUAUCAACGAAGACGCGGAUCACCGUUAUCUCAUGUUUUCGGCAACCUUCAACCGGGAGUGCCGAAAGCUAGCCCGUACGUACCUGGGUCAAGAGUACAUUCGCGUUCGAAUUGGUCGCGCCGGCAGUGCCCACCUUCAAAUCCAGCAAGUGAUCAUUCUUGUCCUCGACCAUCUCAAGCAGAAUGCUCUCCUGGAUCUUCUCUGCAGCGUCGUUCCUAUUCGCACUCUGAUUUUCUGCAACAACCGUACUACCGUUGAUGCGCUCGAUGACUUGCUGUUUAACAAUGGAUUUCCUGUUACCUCGAUGCAUUCCGGACGUACCCAAAAGGAGCGCGAGGACUCUAUUCGUGCUUUCAAAACCGGUAAGUCCCCUAUCAUGGUUGCUACUGGUAUUUCUGCUCGUGGUCUGGACAUUAUCAACGUCAUGCAUGUGAUCAACUACGAUCUGCCAACCCUUGAACACGGUGGUAUCAACGAGUACGUUCACCGUAUUGGCCGCACUGCUCGUAUCGGAAACGAAGGCCUGGCCACUUCGUUUUACAACGAGAGGAACGAGGAGCUCGGCCCUGACCUUGUCAAGAUUUUGAUCGAGUCUAAGCAAGACGUCCCGGAAUUCCUUGCUGAAUUUGCCCCUUCGGACUCUGUUGAUCUCCGCUUCGAUGACACUACAGACUCUGACGAAGCCGAGGAGAUUCAGAACGCUGGCACCGACGCCGCCGACACCGCCGACGCUGAGGAUGAGGCCGUCCACUCCGACACGGCUGGUGAGGACCAGUGGGAGCGUGAUGCCAAGGACAACCAGGACUGGUAG